UCAAAUAAUUCUGUGCGCAUGCGUGUAUAUCAUUUCCAAGAUGGAGGACAUAGACGGGAAGUCCACAUAUGCCCAAACAAAUUCACCAUGUAUUGAGUCGAAAUACACGUCAAUAUCUCUUACAAACGCACAAUAUACUAAAGGUGAUUUUGUUGGAUAUGUGUUCGCUUGGUUCAGCUUAGUACCCAUUGCUCUGAUUGUGUCAUUCCUUACCUUGAUAGUGUUUAGGAGAGAUCUUCACACAAUCUCGUAUUUCUGUGGUAUACUGCUGAACGAAGCUUGUAACUGGAUCCUAAAACAUACAAUUAGAGAACACAGGCCCCCAAGAGAAAUAACAGUGCUGUUCACAGAAUAUGGAAUGCCAUCUAGUCAUGCACAGUUCAUGUUUUUCUUUGCAACUUAUAUGAUAUUAUUCUUAUUUAUACGGGUGUAUAAAAAUUAUAACCUGAUAGAUGACUUAUGGAAAUAUGCUGCAGCUUUUGGAAGUCUUACGGUAGCAGGACUCGUAGGCUAUGCCAGGAUAUACUUGGGGUAUCACACAGGAAGUCAGGUGUUAUGGGGAAGUGUGAUAGGUGUUCUGUUAGGCACCAUCUGGUUUACUGCUGUGCAAGUUGUGUUAACUCCCUUCUUCCCGUAUAUAGCAUCAUGUCCUUUAGGUGAGCUUUUAAUGGUACGGGAUUCCACAUUAAUACCACAUGUAUUCUGGUUUGAAUAUACAUCAACACGUUCAGAAGCGAGAAACAGACAGCGAAAAGUGACGUCACGGAAAUCCCAAUAGCAGUAGUUUUAUUUAUCUAGCUCUUUAAAUUAAUUUAUUAUAUUAUUAUUAAAAAUUUUAAAAAGUCAUGUUUUUAAAUUUCAUGUUUUAAACAAAUCAUCAUUGUGGCAUCAUUCUUCUGCUCACUUUUACUUUUUACAUGUUGUGUAAUUAUGAAUUAUGAUUAAAAACUUUUGUGAUCAAUUUUACUGUGAAAUAAAAACGGUUUUCUUUGUUAUUUA